AUGCUGAAACAAGCUCGGUUCUUGAGAUCACUUUAUUCUCGCUUGCCGCGAUUUUACUGCUCUUCUGGCUGUGGAGAUACAGUUGCAAACGUUUCGCAUAACGUAUCUGCAAAACAGCAGCUCUACAUUACGGAUCCCAUCUCACCAGGCUCCAUAUUCUUUCUGCCGAAUGGUACCAAGAUUUUUAACAAGUUGGUUGGCUUUAUGAAGCUACAACAGCAACAUAAAUUCGGAUUCCAAGAAGUCAUGUCGCCUCUGAUCUACCGGAAAUCGCUUUGGGAAAGAUCUGGCCAUUGGGAGAAUUAUAAAGAGGAUAUGUUUCGAGUAGAAGGCCAGGAUAUUGACAAGGAAGAGUACGGAUUAAAACCCAUGAACUGUCCCGGUCAUUGUGUGAUUUUCAAGAGCUCCUCCAGGUCGUACAGCGAACUCCCGCUGAGAUUUUCGGACUUUUCACCAUUGCACCGCAACGAGGCAUCUGGUGCACUUUCGGGCCUGACUCGUGUACGGAAGUUCCAUCAAGAUGAUGGCCAUAUUUUUUGUACACCUUCCCAGGUAGAAUCGGAAAUCAAGAGUUCAUUAGAACUGGUAGAUCUAUGUUACUCCAAGAUCUUCCGCUUGGGUCCUAACGGAGGUCCGACCACUUAUUCUCUUCGCCUUUCUACAAGACCUGACAAUUACAUUGGGAGUUUGGAAGUAUGGGAUAAGGCAGAAACUGUUCUGAGAGAUAUUCUUGAAAGUUCAGGUAAAGAAUGGUCAGUCAAUGAAGGAGACGGCGCAUUUUAUGGUCCCAAAAUCGAUGUUAUACUCAAUGAUCACCGCGGUAAGACUCAUCAAGUGGCUACUAUACAGUUGGAUUUCAAUCUACCAGAAAGGUUUGAUCUCAAAUUCAAAGAUAAAGAUAACACUUAUAAAAGGCCAAUCAUGAUUCACAGAGCUGUGUUUGGGUCACUGGAAAGAUUCAUGGCAAUGCUGAUUGAUUCUAAUAACGGAAAAUGGCCUUUCUGGCUAAACCCCCACCAGUGCAUGGUUAUUCCAUUGAAUACGAAAGACGAAGCCAUGGUUGAAAAGGCUAAGGAAAUCACCAACAUUUUAAGAGGGGAAAACGUACCAGUAGACGAACCAGUGAAGCUCAACUCGCUUCACUUCAAUGUGGAUAUCGACGAUCGUGCCGAGCCGGCUGGGUACAGAAUCAAAGAUGCCAUCAUGAAGAAUUACUCCUACUUGGUAAUGGUUGGCGCAAAAGAGAUAGAAAGCGGUAAAUUCGCCAUAAGAUCCAGGGAGUCCAGAGAGUUGAGUCAUUUGACAAUCGAUCAAAUUGCUAACAAAUUUCGGGAACUCGAGGAAAACUAUCUUUGA